AUGACUGAACAAUCGGUGCACCUGAACUGGUCGGCACCGUUCAAUGUCGCCCACCCUUCGCGCAUCGCCAGCAAAGACUUACAGGGCGACAAGAUCCUUCUUCCGCAGUCUGCAUUGGAGCAGCUCCUUUCCGCCUCGACGACCAUCUCGACAACCCCUUCGAAUCCCCAUACCUUUACCGCCUUCGACCCUUACAAUCCAUACUCCGUCGCCGCCGCCCGUCGAGAGCGCUCCAAUUUCCGUGAAACAACACAACAGCUACCGCAUCCCUUGAUGUUCCAGCUUGUCAACCAGAAAAACGGAAAUUCGGUCUUUGCGGGUAUUCGGGAGUUUUCGGCAAAUGAAGGGGAGGUCGCUCUAAGCCCUUACCUUCUCGAAGCUUUGGGUAUCCAUGAGGAUGACAUCAAGGACACCUCGGCGCCAGCAGAUGCACAGACGGAAGGGCCAGAGGUCGUCGACCUUACGCAGGACGAUGCGAUCAGCCAAAUAACCGAGGGUUACCGAAUCACAGUCAAGGCUAGGCAAUUACCAAAGGGUACCUAUGUACGGCUACGCCCAUUAGAGGCCGGUUAUAAUCCAGACGACUGGAAGUCGUUACUCGAAAGACAGCUUCGCGCCAGCUACACUACCCUAACAAAGGACUCUAUUCUCUCCGUUACGGGUGUUAAAGGAGAAGAGUUCCGUUUCCUCGUCGACAAAUUCCAACCCGAGGGUAACGGCAUAUGUGUUGUGGACACAGAUCUCGAGGUCGAUAUCGAACCACUUAACGAGGAACAAGCUCGUGAAACACUACGACAAGUUGCGGAAAAGUCGCAAAGAGCACCAGGGACCGAGGCUGGCAGUUCAGUUGGCCAUGAGAUAGACAUCUGGAAAGAUCUCCAUGGGCAAGUUUUGGAAGGGGAUUAUGUUGACUAUGCUCUACCCUCCUGGGACAAGUCACGCCCGCUUGCAAUCGAGCUAUCAAUCGAAGAUGAUCAAGAGGUCGACCUCCUCAUUAGCCCAAAGUCAAACCGACAACGAGCCCUACCCCGGGAUUCCGAACACAUCUUUGCCGAGUUUUCGUCGCCCAAAGACGGCGUUAAGCGCAUUGUCAUUCAGCCUACCAACGUCGAACUCGAGGGUGCGGAAAGCCUUUUGAUAACUGUUUAUGGCUCAUCGAUACCGGACCAUCCUACUUCCAUGAUAACACCUCGACGCUUUACCCUCCGAGCCAAAGUCGAAGAGGCACAAGGUUCCGCAGCAGCGCCGGUUGAUCUCGCGAGUUCGUCCUCAAAGAAUGCCGACGAGGAACAGUGCAAGAACUGCCUGCAGUUCGUGCCAAAGCGGACGAUCGUCUUGCACGAGAAUUUCUGCCUCCGAAACAACAUUGUUUGUCCUCAAUGCAAAAAUGUCUUCAAGAAAUCAUCAGAAGAGUGGACUGCCCAUUGGCACUGCCCCACGCACCCGGAGGCAUAUGGCUCAACGCCAUUUAGCAAGGCCAAGCACGAUUACAUCCAGCACACAACCCACACUUGCCCGUCUUGUGGGCCAAGUAGCCCAUUUUCUUUCCCGUCUUUGACCGAACUUGCGCGCCACCGCACCACAGUGUGCCCUGGCAAACUUAUCCUGUGCCAGUUCUGUCACCUUGAAGUGCCGCAGGAGGGAGACCCGCUUGAUCCGGCUUCGGAAGCCGAGACCGUCAUAUCAGGCCUUACCGCCCAUGAGCGGGCUGAUGGUGCUCGCACGACCGACUGCCAUCUCUGCGGAGCCAUUGUCCGUCUGAGGGACAUGGCUGCCCAUGUAACCCACCAUGAGCUGGACAAGGUUUCUCGCCCGAAGCCGGAGGUAUGCAGAGAUGAGCUCUGUGGACGGACUCUCCAUGGUGUUGGUCCUCGCGGUCAAAUCAACGGCGGAACCCGUAUGGGCCAAGGCCCGGGUAACGACCUCGGCCUUUGCAGUCUGUGUUUCUCUCCGCUCUACGUUAGCAUGCACGAUCCUGAAGGAAAGGCUCUACGAAGGAGGAUUGAGAGGCGCUACCUUGCCCAGCUGAUGACAGGCUGUGGUAAGAAAUGGUGCCAGAACGAGUGGUGCAAGACGGGCCGCGCCAACCAAGGACUGGAACCUCUGGGCUCGAGUGCUGCGGCUGCUCUACCUUUGGUAAAACCCCUGCUGGAGGAUAUCAGAGAUCAUUCGAAUUCUAUGCACUUCUGUGUCGAUGAGGCAUCUCAGCGCCGUAAGAAGACCGCUGAGAUGUUGGCUGUGGAAGGUGUCUGGGAGCGUGAAUGGUGCAUUGCCGCACUCGAAGCCGAAGGUGGUGAUCUUGCAAAGGCCAGAGGCUGGUUGACUGACUGGGCGCCGACAAAGUUCGGCAACUAA